UUCAGCGAUGGAACGGGUGAUGGCGGCACUGGUGGUGGUGGCGCUGGGGGUGGUGGUGGUGGUAGUGGUGGUGGUGCCAGGCGGGUGCCACGCUACCCCACUACCUGUGCGGGUGUCACCACAGGCGUCCCACAGAGAGAGACUAGAGGCGGCCCGCUCUCUCCUCGCCUCCUCGCCCCUCAUUGACGGCCACAAUGACCUGGCCUGGAAUGUUCGUAAGUUCCUUCACAACAAGCUGCGCUCCUUCAAUCUGUCCAGCGACCUGACGAAGGAGAAGCCCUGGAGAAAUUCGCCUUUCUCCCACACCGACCUGCCGCGGCUCAGGGAGGGACAGGUGGCGGCUCAGUUCUGGUCAGUGUACGUGCCAUGUGAAGCCCAGUACCUCAACACUGUGCAGCUCCUUCUUGAACAGGUGGAUGCUGUGCGCAGGAUGGUGGCGUCCAGUCCAGGCCACACCAGGCUCGUGCGCUCCUCUGCAGAGAUCCUACAGGAGUUCCGGCGCGGGCGUGUGGCGAGUCUGAUGGGCGUGGAGGGCGGGCACGGGCUGGCCAGUAGCAUGGGCGUAGUGCGGGCGCUGUAUGACUUGGGCGUGCGUUAUGUCACUCUUACCCACAAGUGUCACACGCCUUGGGCGGAAUGUUCGGAGGACGUGCCACAGCGCCCCAACACACCUGGACUCACGCCCUACGGCAAGGAAUUGAUUCGUGAGAUGAACCGCGUGGGGCUGAUGGUGGACCUCUCCCACGCCUCCUCCAGGACAGCGAGGGACGUGCUGGCUGUCACCCGCGCCCCCGUUAUCUUCUCCCACUCCGCCACCCGCUCCCUCUGUGACAUCGAGAGAAAUGUGCCAGAUGAUGUUCUCAGUUCUUUGGCUGACAACGGCGGCAUGGUGAUGAUUAGCUUCUACAACGACUUCCUCACCUGCGGCCAGUCAGCCUCCAUCCAGGACGUGGUCGCCCACAUCAACCACGUGCGCACCAUGGCUGGCGUGGACUACGUGGGGAUCGGCGCGGGGUACGACGGAAUCAACAGGACUCCCACGGGUCUGGAGGACGUGUCCAAGUAUCCUGAGCUGUUUGCUGAGCUGCUGCGGGACUCCACGUGGUCACUGCAAGACCUCAAGAAGCUGGCGGGACUCAACCUCCUUAGAGUCUUGUCUGAGGUUAACCAGGUACGGGAGGACCUGGCGGGGGAGAAGCCGUCAGAGGAGAUCAUCCCUAUCCACGACAUAGACACCAGGUGGCCGUGCAGAUACAAGUUUGCCAGCCUCGACGACACGCGAACUUGACCUCCCUCGCCCUCACUCCCCCAUCCCAACCCUUGAAGACUCCCCCUCCCUCCAACGCUGCCUCCAGUCCUAACUCGUGGGUCGAACUGUGUGUUUCCUCUCUCUCUCUCUCUCUCUCUCUCUCUCUCUCUCUCUCUCUCUCUCUCUCUCUCUCUCUCUCUCUCUCUCUCUCUCUCUUUCGCCGCCGUCCUCUCAGUCAGUCACAUUGUCAUUAUCUUCGUCAAUAUUUUCGUUCUUCGUAUAAUAUUCUCUCACUUCUCCCGACGUCCCUAGUCAGAGAGAGAGAGAGAGAGAGAGAGAGAGAGAGAGAGAGAGAGAGAGAGAGAGAGAGAGAGAGAGAGAACAAGGAAAACUCACACAAUUCUGAAAUCUAAUUUUCUUCCUCCUUUCCCUCUACCACCACCACCACCACCACCACCUCCUCCUCCUUCUCCUCCUCCUCCUCCUCCCUCAGGGCAGCCAAUCCCAUGUUGAUUACGUCCCUGGGGGUGGGGAUGGGAGAGGGGGGUGGGGGGGAGGAGAUAAGAAGCUGUCACACAACGAGGUACACAAAAUUUGGUUCGUGUCAUUUGGGAUUCAGUGGAAAACAAGGUCAGAGAGAGAGAGAGAGAGAGAGAGAGAGAGAGAGAGAGAGACUGACUGGUUGGUUGGUACUUUGGCGUCGCAAUAAGGAGGUCACAUGGCGCCGUGUCAGUAAGAGGAGUACCGUAACUCAUGAAGAAAACACACCUUUAUCCUGCCCAGUGCAUCAGUGACCCCACCCUGAUGGCCCCGUGUGGCUUGGACCGGGAGAAGAAGAAGAAGAAGAGCCCGGUUAAUCAUCACAGUAUCCUUACUAAUACAUAUCCUUCAAACAUUUCCCCGAACACAAUACGAUGUUUCUUAAAAAUGCUCUACAAAACACGACUUUUUAUCUUUUUUACUGUUUAUGACGUCAGUACUUUUUCUUUUCCCGUUGAUAACAGAGAGAGUACUAAAGAUAAAAUCUGUUGGACUUUUUUCCUAUGAUUUUUGUUGUGCUUCGCCUGAACUCUUUCAUAAAAAAAAGUAAAAAUAAAUAAAUAAUAAUAAGAAUAAGAAAUUAAUAAAUAAUGUUUGUAGUUCGUAGAAUAUUGGCAUCCGGUUUUUUUUAAUUAAUUUUUUAAUCUAUUUUUAUGGGAAAGAAUUAUUCUAGUUUUAUCACCGCAGAAUAUGCAAAGAUCACUGCAGUCUGCUUCCUGCUUUAACUGGCGUCACUGUGCCUCCCGAAGGAUUACUGGUGUGCCUCCACGCUGAGGUACAUCUAUACGACCAUUGGAGAUGUUGGAGCUAUGCAAUACUACCUGUGAGGAAUGUAACUAUAUGACAUGAAUAUUGUUGGACUUGGAGUCAUUGUGUGAUAAGUAAACUGCAGCAGAUUUUUGUUUUUCUGAAAUAAAUUGGGAAAAUAAUCUUUCCCAAUAGUAUGAAAUAAAUAGAUAUUGGUUUGGAGCCACAGUUUCUAAAGAUCCUUUCAAUUAAAUGCUGUCGUUAAAUCAAGUAGCUUUUUGUUAACGUGACUUUCAUUAUCAGUAGCAAAUCUAAUGUUAAAAUUGUUCUUACUUGAUGUGGUUGAAGUGACAAUAGAAAGUUGACUUAAUUAAAGUACAUGUUUUGUUAUUUUAAAUACGAACACUGGAGUGUGUCGUGUGCCUUUGUGGGGGGCGUGUGUGUCGUCACGCCGGCGAGUCUUAAGCACGAAGAAAAUGAAGUGUUUGCGAAUCUCCUUCCCUUUUAGAGAUACAGUAGCCUUGAUUCCCUCCCUUGAUAUAAUGAACUCCAUUGUAUUAGUAGCAGGUAGGUCAAUUGUACAUCAGUGAAACAGAGAGAGAGAGAGAGAGAGAGAGAGAGAGAGAGAGAGAGAGAGAGAGAGAGAGAGAGAGAGAGAGAGAGAUUGUGUGUGUGUGUGUGUAUCUACACCGUCACCAUCUCCUUUGUUCAUCCCACCACUGCCACCAAAUAUAUUCCUGCAGGCAAAUAAACAGUCUUUUAACAAAAUCACGUAAAUUAGUGAAUGUUACAAAGAGUCUCCUAGUACUUUCAGAUCACCCGUCAGCCAUCUCUUUCCAUCCCACCGCUGUCACCAAAUGUAUGCUGGCGGGCAAAUCAACAGUCUUUUGUCCAUAACACGUCUAUUAAAGAAUGUUACAAAAAGUUGGCGUCUGGUACUGUCAGGAUGUCCAAGUAUAGUGAGUGCUUCUAGUGGACAGGAAGACCGCUAGGCAACUGAGGAGGUCAGAGGAUAGAGGGGAGAUACAACUGGCAUGGAGUGGUGGCGAAUGUACUGCUACACGUAUUCUGAAACACUUGUGCCUGCACUUCCACUAUUUUCAAAAGGGUCUCGAUGAAGUUACGCUGGUUUUCAAGGGUGUUUAUAUGGUUAUUGUGACAACUUAACAAGAUCCCUACAGUAUCAACAGGAGAAACGCUCUUUAGAACCCGGCUAAUCAUCUCUGUGGCCUUUGUAAAUAGUCGCGGUGAGAGAGCAAAGCGAUUCUGAAUUAGACCAGCCUUCGGUCAUCACAAGAGAGAACGAGGAAACUACGUAAUGCAGUAAUAGACAAUUCGUUUCGGUAUCUGACGCAGUUUCCUAACACUCCUCUAUAUAAAGAAGCGGAUGUACAGUGUGAAGCAUCAACACGUUACUGUCACGGCUGGUUCAUCCUUAUCUUGUUUGCCACCGCCACCAACACUGGACCACUGUACGAAGAAUACAGACUUUAUAGAGUAUUGUUGUUGUGUUGAUUUCAGUGUUCAGCCCUUCCUCAACCAUCCCCUGUGUGUGUGUGUGUGUGUGUGUGUGUGAAGACAUCCAUGGCGCACAAUCGUUGAUGUAUUUUCUCCACCGGGUGGCUGGCUGGCUUUGUCGCCGCCCGGAGUGACUUAUUAACAAUCUAUUCUUCAAUAUUCGUCUCGUUAAAAAAAUAAUGUUAUGUGAUAAAUAUAUAUUUAUUAUUAA